AUGCCUGCAUCAUGUGUUAUACUAGAUUGUAAUUUAAAGUACACGCACAGUGAAGAUGUUUCGUUCCACAGAUUCCCGCUUAAAAAUAUGGAAUUGCUCAAACAGUGGAUACUGUUUACAGGCCGAGCGGAGAACUGGCGUCCAACCAAAUGGAGUGCGAUAUGCAGCAGACACUUCGUCGCUAGUGACUUCAAGGACUGUCCAUUCCGGAAAAUACUGUUACCCUUUGCUAUUCCUUCGGUGCGUACACUCGCCUCAAAAGUUCAUGCUGGUGACCUAACUGAACCACUACCAUAUGAAACCGUCUGGUCCGAGGAAGAGCGUCCAAUUGUACGCAAUGAAGACUACCUUCCUAUGACCUAUGACUUCGAUAAUAUAUCGGCCAAUGCAACGCUGUGUCCCAUCGCUUCUUCGGAUUGUGGUGAAGAAAUUGGAGUUGACAGCGACUAUAUUCAGCUGGUAGAGAUUACGUGUCGGAUCUGCGGGGUGGUAUUCAGCCGAUCCGAGGAUAAUCUUCUCACUGACCUUGUGCAAUCCUUAGACGUAGUGAGAAAAUAUCUUCCAUUUGUAAAUCUUGAUCUACCAAAUUUGCCUGGAAAAAUUUGUCUGAACUGUUCGAAAGUCGUAAAUGGGUUCUCCAAAUUUAGUGAUAACGUGCUUCGGGCACAAUCUGAUUUGGAACACCGAUUUGCGUUACAAAGUGUUAGUACGUUGUCCAAACAAUUACCAGUAGCUAGAAGCCACCCUGAAACGACAUCUGCCAAAUCCAUGAACAUCAAACAAGAACCGAUCACAAGUAUAAAUAUUAAGGAAGAAAAAAUUGAAUACGCUAUCAAUGGAGUUCGUCAAAAGGAAUGCCUUGCCUCGGAAGCGGUUGAAGGAACCAUGAUUAUUAAAAAUCAGGCUUUUGGUACCGAUCCAAACAGAUUUUAUUUAUUCAAAAAUAUGGGUCAAGAUCUCUCGAAUAGAUCGACAUCCUCUCCAUUGAUGAAGCAACAAAAUCGGGAAUCCUCCAAAAAUUGUGAAAUACUCGAGAUAGUCAAUCUGUAUCCCCCCAUCGUUGACAUUACUAGCACUACAGUAACAGAAGUGCAACCGUAUGAGAUCACGUUGCCAUCGGUUACAACGACAAGUACAUCCGAGCCGCUUCCAUCUGUUUCGUCUUACAGCGCUAGUACGGAACAAUUUGUGGGGAGUCUUAAAGUAGAAAACACAACCGAGCUAGAAACAGAUCUAGACCAAGAAUAUUAUCUCCCUGACAAACUCGUUUAUCUGAAUACGCUCGAAGAGCACAGCUACACCAAGCUACCAAUACAAGCGGAUGACAAUAAGGACGAAAUUUUUCACAAUAUGAUUGUCGUCACCGAGCAAAGGAUUGAAACUACGAACGUACCUGCAGCGAAGAAGGACCAAUCGACCUCGAAAAAGAAAAAAACACGUUGGACGUGUUCGUGCUGCGAUAUAACGUUUCAUCGGCAGCGUCGUCUAUUGGCCCAUCGAGAGCUAGAAUGUCCCGGACGCCGAAAAUUGUCCACUGGCUGUCGGUUUUGUCCACAAAAAUUUCCAUCUUGGCAAAGGCUACGAGCUCAUGUGUGUUUCUGUCUGAAACGGGCCAUGAAACGUAAACGAUUUGAACUGAAAGCAGUUUUAGAAAAGCUAAGGCAACAUGGUGCAAUAUCUGGUAGUGAAUGUACGCCGAAUCAAGAGGAGGUUGUUAUUACUAAGUACCCAUGUUCCAUGUGUGACCGGACGUAUUCAAAUGCAUCAAAUUUACGUCGUCAUUUAAACUCCCACCGACCACAAGAUCAAUGGAAUCACAAGUGCGGUGUUUGUUUUAAAAUCUUCGACAAAUUGUACGAUUUAAAGAAGCACAUACAGAUCUCUCCCUGUUCCAACGGGGGUAACACCGCCAUCAUGGAGGACGGUCGCGUAGAGGGUCCUUCCCAGGAUCAAAAUCAUGCUGAAUGCAGUGACGGCUCUGAUACGGUUAUAACGUCAUCCCCCAAUACCGUCGCAGAACGAUUGCUGUACGUGUGCUCGACCUGUUACAAGGUGUUCCAGUCGUACAACAGCUUGAAGGUGCAUGAACCGAUCCACACCGGAUUGAAGGCGUACAUCUGCGAAACGUGCGGGAAGCGUUUCUCCGGCCGAUCCAACCUGUGGCAGCAUCGUCUGACGCACUCGGAACUACGCCAGUACGGGUGCAUGCUAUGUUCAAAAGUAUUUAAGCGAAAAGGAGGCCUUAGCCAGCACGUGCGAUCUAUCCACAUGAAGAUUAAACCGUACCAGUGCACCACAUGUAGCCACGAAUACGCCCUGAAGGCCGAUAUGACCCGCUGUCGGCACUCACGUCUGUACGAUUCGACGACCCCUGCAUGUUAG